GAGUGCGCAGCUCCUAAAAAACUGGAAGGCAGCUCAGCUCGAGCCUGGGCCGCUGCGCGCGCUGCGGUGCUGCCCGGGCGCUAGCGGGGGGGAUUAACCUGCGCUCCCUGCGCGGAGUUUAUCCGGAGGCUGAAGAGGAGGAACUGUGAACGCGCAGCCAUUUAACCGCGAGGACACGAGAGUCCAGAGGUGAUGGAGGAGAUGGAUGAAGCAUCCAGCACCCGGCUGUGCCCCACUAAAGCCCCCCGCAGCCUCAUGAAGUGGAGGAAGAGGGUCAAGUCUGAGUACAUGAGGCUCAGGCAGCUCAAACGCAUCCGCAAGGCCGAGGAGGUGAAGGCGCUGUUCCUGUCAAACAGGCGUAAGAUUGAGGGACGGACGGACCUGCUGAAUGAGGAGUGGUCAAAACUCAGAAUCCAGGCCAUUCCUUUCUCCACACCGAGCGGGUCACUGCCCAACAAGAAGCAGUGCAUAGUGGAGUUCGGCUUCCCAUCCUUUCCCAACCAGGCAGUUGCCAUGCGACCCCUGACAACCGUUGCUGGGAUACCAUUCAUGUACUCCUGGUCCCCACUGCAGCAGAACUUCAUGGUGGAGGAUGAGACAUUUCUCCAUAAUAUCCCAUAUAUGGGUGAUGAGGUACUGGAGCAGGAUGAAGCUUUCCUGGAGGAGCUCAUUGAUAACUAUGAUGGGGUUCAUGGAGACAGAGAGGGAGGCUUCAUAAACGACGAGAUCUUUAAGGAGCUGGUGGAGGCCCUGAGCCAGUACUCAGACCAGGAGGAGGAGGAGGAGAGCACGGAGGAGGAGGAGGAGCGAGUGACAAGGAGGAGUGCAGGAGAGAGCGCGGAGGACAGCAAGUCGCUGUCCUUUAAGAGGAAGCGCAGAAGAGUUCCUGAGGGAGGUGAAUUGCCUGCCAGUCAGAAGUUCCCUCACGAUAAGAUCUUCACCGCCAUCGCCUCCAUGUUCCCUUACAAAGGCACAACGGAGGAGCUGAAGGAGAAGUAUAAGGAUCUGUUGGAGCCUCCUAGCUCAGUGAAGCUUCCUCCACUCUGUACACCCAACAUGGACGGCCCCUUCGCCAAAUCUGUUCAGAGAGAGCAGAGCCUGCACUCCUUCCACACUCUCUUCUGCCGCCGCUGCUUCAAAUAUGACUGUUUCCUCCACCCAUUCCACGCCACUCCUAACGUGUAUAAAAGGAAGAGUAAGGAGAUCCGAAUGCAGACAGAGCCAUGUGGAUUAGAGUGCUUUCUGCUGCAGGUACAACAAACUGCUGACAAAGGAGCUAAAGAGUUUGCAGAUCAGUACAUGCUGAGGUCUCAGAGAUCUCGUCGGCGACGCCGUCAGCCCCGCCCCUCCAGCUCCACUGGCCCCUCCCCUUCAGGUUCAGCUGAGGAGGGAAAAGAUGGAGACAGUGACCAUGAGACCACCAGUUCCUCAGAGGGUAACUCUCAGUGUCCCACCCCCACCAAACUGAAACAGAGUGAUGAGCAGGUGGAGGAUAGUCAGCCUCCUCUGCAGUGGAGCGGCGCAGACGAGAGCCUUUUCAGGGUCCUACACGGCACGUACUACAACAACUUCUGCUCUAUAGCACGACUCAUAGGCACCAAGACCUGCAAACAGGUGUAUGAGUUUGCCAAGAAGGAGGUUCUUAUUCAUCGUGUUCCUCUGGAGGAUGGAGGGAUCUCACCUCAGAAGAAGAAAAGAAAGAAUCGGUUAUGGGCCAAAAUCCAGCUGAAGAAAGAUAAUUCGUCCAAUCAGGUGUACAACUACCAACCAUGUGACCAUCCAGAGCACCCGUGUGACAGCUCCUGCCCGUGUGUGAUGACCCAGAACUUCUGUGAGAAAUUCUGCCAGUGUGAUCAAGAGUGUCAGAACCGGUUCCCAGGCUGCCGCUGUAAGACUCAGUGUAACACCAAGCAGUGUCCGUGUUACCUGGCAGUACGGGAGUGUGACCCUGACCUCUGCAUGACCUGUGGAGCUUCAGACCGCUGGGACAGCAAACAGGUGUCCUGCAAAAACUGCAGCAUCCAGAGAGGACUGAAAAAGCACCUCCUCCUGGCCCCGUCUGAUGUAGCAGGUUGGGGAACAUUCAUCAAGGAACCCGUCCAGAAGAACGAGUUCAUCUCAGAGUACUGUGGAGAGCUUAUUUCCCAGGAUGAGGCAGACAGAAGAGGUCGGAUCUACGACAAGUAUAUGUCCAGCUUCCUGUUCAACCUGAACAACGACUUCGUUGUGGACGCCACUAGAAAAGGGAACAAGAUUCGCUUCGCCAACCACUCUGUCAAUCCCAACUGUUAUGCUAAAGUUGUGAUGGUGAACGGGGACCACCGUAUCGGAAUCUUUGCCAAACGGGCCAUACAGCAAGGGGAGGAGCUCUUUUUUGAUUACAGUUCCUUCCUAGGUACAGCCAGGCUGACGCCCUGAAAUACGUGGGUAUAGAGAGGGAGAUUGAUGUCGUGUGACUUUACCCCUUCCACCUGGCAAUGCUGUUACUGCUACUACCCACAACGCGUCUCUCCUCGCUCAGGACUGCGGCUCUAAUGUGGGCAAUCUGGAUCCGUUUCUGCUCACAGAAAAGGAUUCUUUGAUGUCAUUUUUGAUAUGAUAUCACAGAAUCGUCCUGCAACUUCACCCAACUCGAGGGUAAACAUGCUCUUUCUGGUCAUGAACUUGAGGUCAGUCGAAUAGUCUGAACUAGCAGGUUUCUUGGUUUAAAAGGAAUCAGUGGACUGAGGAUUAUUAAAGCCUGCUUGAAUUCUCAGCCUAAGAAGAAUAACCUCAGAUAGCUGCAUCACUUUCAAUACCGUCUUUCAGUCUGACAGCAUUUCGGGCGAAACGAAGCUGCUAGUUCAGACCAUUUAUGGCCAAUUGCUCUAGUUCUUCACAUUGUGGUAGACUCUGUACACAAGCUUGUCAACCAUACACAGUUCUUGCCAUCCUUAUAUACUUAAUAUAACACAAAACUAAGAGAAACGUUUUUAGUUGGUUCAUUCAGGCACGAAAGCCUAGAUCGUUCUUUCAGUUGAGUUACACGUUAACCGGUAGUAUUCAGUCGUCUUCAGCGUCUUUCCAUCACUGAACGACCUUCACUUUUGACAAAACCUGCAAUAAUAUCGUCUUCAACUAUACUGUAGUGUACUGUGAUGUUAGCCUGUUACUGUAAUCUGCAAUGCUCUGCUGUUUUCCAAGCCUGUUCGUUACCUUUGCUAGCCUUGCCGUUCGUUUUUAGCCGUAGCCAGGCUAGCAAAUGCCCUCUGUUACGCCGCAGUCUCAUACUGGCUAAGCUAAUCUAUCUCUAGCCUGGAUCCUCUUCUCUUCCAGCUGUAAGCUGCUCGGCUGCUGCUAACUAUGUAGCACAAAAAAAAAAAAUGACUAUUUGUAAGAGGUAAGCGUUCAAAGCUAGUGUCGCGCUAAAUGGCAGGUAUCCUUCAUUUCAGUGUCUGCUUAAAUUGUGGAAUAGGUCCAAUGGCAGCGUUCUGCAACACAAAACAAAAGAAGUAACCAUACAAACCGACAGACUGAAUGUGAAAUUUGAGCUGGAGAGAGAGACUUUUGAAGCAAAGAAACGUGGGAGAUUCCUUCUUAGGGCUUUUUUUUUAAGGGUUUACAAAAAUCCAGAGUGGGUUCCGCUGUCAUUUGUCCCUUUUGUCUGUUAAAAUAAAGAGUAAAACCAAACUACAGCCGCCAUAGUGACUAAAAAAAAUGCCCUGAAGUUAUAUUUGCACUUAGCAUGGUCACUUCAGGAAAGAUUUGAGAAGGCAUGCUAACGCUAACUCAUUCAUCCACAUUCUAGAUUCUGUAGCAUUAAAGAAAGCAUGAUAAUAAGAGAUUAUUCUUGUAUUGCUAGAUCAUAUAGGCCUCAUACUUAUUUCUAAGAUGUAUUAACCACAUAUGGCCAGACAAUUAUCAUAAUUUAUUGUGUUUAUUACAAUAUUAAUUUAUUGCUAUGUUAUCAAUUACGUUACCUUUUUUUUUUUUACUAUAUAUAUAUUUUAUAUGAUGGACAUCAUCGAUGUAAUCCUUAAUUACAUUAACCCUCAUUCCUCUAGCUGAAUUUGCCUCCUCAAAUCUUGCCUGAAGAAACAUUUGUUUGCUGUUUGUUAUUGGGAGAUUCAUAAGCCUUCAGUACUGUUAUCAUGCUGAAUGCCUUGUUGUCUAAUUCCACACUGUGACACAUGGGAUUAAAACACUCUUUACAUGCAUGGUUAAGGAUGCUAUUGAUUUAUACUUAUUUCAUCAUCAUGAUAACAUCUCAAAAUCUUCACAAAACUGAUUCUGCCACUAAAUAACCGGCCAUUAGCCAAUGCACCAUCUAAGUUCAUAUAUCUUUAAACGCUCUAAACCAUCUUUUCAAAUAUUUUCUCAGUGAAACAUCAGGUGCACACUGAUCAAACAAGCUUGGGUGGUGAUGCAAAAUGAAAUAUUCAUUUAUUCUUAUAAUUAUCAUAUAAAUAACAAUGACAAAGUCUUCAAGCAAAUGUAUCUCCAGUUUACAUUCAGUUCCUUUAACGUGAAGCCGUGCACAUAUUUGCAGAUAAACAGUCAAGAGCAGGGAUGUGGGAAGGUGUUUUAAGUUGGGGGUGCUGAAAUUUUAAGCAGUCUGACGUGACUGAUGAGGUCAUUCAAUAUGAUUUGCCAUUUGUCAUUUGAUUCUUUUUGUUUUUUAGGGUUUUGAAACUGAGCAUGUCAUACAGCGCUAUGUUGAGGCGAGAGGCGACAAUAUUUACGUAUAAUUGACACAUCAAACCGGUGACGCCCAUCAGCGCUCUGCUCUCUAGUUCUGGAGUUCCAUCUCUCCAUCUAAAAUUAUUAUAAAGCUCAGAUUUAUUAAUAGUAAUAUUUUUAAUAGUGCAAUCCUGAAAUCGGGGUGAUGCAGCCCCCUCAGCACCCCCCACUUCCCACAUCUCUGGUCAAGAUUCACAGUUUGUCGCAUAGAAUGGGCUGCUUUCCACAGUACUGUGCAAAAGUCAGAGGCCACCCUUCAUUUAUUUCAUUUCCAGUCAAAACAGCCAUUAAAUAUACAUUAUUCAUUUUUCAGCGUCAGGAAGAAAACAGAAAACAUGCAUUUAACAGAAAAUUACACAGGAUCUUCUUCAUCCGAAUAUAAUAUCACGCAUUUCAGUAUUUAUUGUGUCCACUCUUUACGUUUAUUACAGUUUCUGCUCUUUUCAGGAGACUCACGUUCAGUUUCUCAAAGAAAUCUGCCGAGAUAUUUUCCACACCUCCAAAGUUCAGUCUUAGAAGUUGGUUCUACUUCUUUACGAUCCAAAUAAUCCCAAACACAUUCAGUAAUGUUGAGGUCUGGACUCUGGGGUGGUCAGUCCAUUGUUCUGAGUUGUCAUCUCACAGUGGAAGGAUGGACAGAAAUUCAUAUGGAUGUUUUCAGAUCUGAAGUAAGAGUGGACCUUGAUUUUUUCAAAGAUGAAAGCUUUGAGUGCUGUUUGUCUGAUGGGGGCAGUUUUGGUGUCUACCAGGUGUUCCAGGUGGUUGUUAGGAGGCCCAUUUUCUUUAUAAUUUCUAUUGAUUUUUUGAACACCAGCUUUAGAAACUCAUGUUUUUCCACUAUUUUCCUUUGACUUUCCUCUUCCUGAUGCAAGUGGAUUAUCUUAUAUCUGUUCUUCUCAGAAAUAUCUCCUGAAAAAUGGGUAAUAAUAAAUACAUAAAAUAAAUACAUAACUAUAAUAAAAUAAUACAAUUAAUGAAGGGUGGUCUCUGACAUUUGCACAGCACUGCAUUAGCAAAACUACUUCUAUUCAUCUGAAAUUACGUGGCUUCAUUACAUGCAGUAUAUAAAGCUGAUAAAACUCUCCUGGCUGAAGUUAGACAUUCCUGAAUGCCUUCAAAAUACGGUACUGUGCAUCUGAGAAACUGGUGUAAAGCUGUUUAUCUGGGCAGUAAGUAUUUAUUAGUUUAAAAACACUAACAUUAGAAUGAAUACAAAUAAUAAACAAAACAAUACAUUGUGAUUUGAUGCGCGUUAAUUUAGCCAUUUCAACAAAUCAAUACAGUGGCUGGAGUGCAGCGAACCAAACCUGUGUUCCUUUAACUGAUUUAUUCUAACCAACAUAAUAUCUUUAAAAAAAAAACUUGUUACAUUUUAAUGUAUUUAUGCUUAUUUGUAAUUAUUCUAAUGUUUAAUAGCAAAAACAUACUUACUGCCUAAAUAAACUGUUCUAAACAAUUUUCUUGGGUGCCUAAGACUUUUGCACAGUGCUGUAGUUGAAACCAAAAAUGGCCCGUAUUAAAACGUCGUAGCUGCGUGUGUUCAUUUGUCUGAUAUUACGUAUAAUGAUAUUUCCGUUGGGUUCUUAAUUCAUCUGUAACACAGAAGUCUUCCCAUUUUACAGUAUAUGUGCCAAAUACAGAAAUGCUGAAUCAGAUGACGAAGGGUGGUUUAAUAAUAGAGUCACUUUAAAAGUGUGAAUUAUUAAGUGUAAUAAUGAUUCUGUAAAUGGAAACAUUUCAAAGCCCUUUUUGUAAAAUACCAUGUACAUUCUACAUGUAUAUUGUGCAGUCUUCUGGAUCUUCUGGAUGUCACAACAUCGUUAUUUGUAUUAUUUCUCUAAUAUACACUGCCAUCAUAUUCAUCCCAUGCCAUUCAAGCCCACUUUAUGAAGAGAGCUCUCGGCAGAAGACUGAAAUGCUAUGGAACUUAGACAUGUAUGUAAAAGCAAGUAGGUAUGUGUAUGGAAAAUAAAUUUAUAAGUUACUUUGAAA